GAAAGCUUUUGGCUCUUUAAAAGAAGGCGGGACCCUGCAGUCCCACCCAGAAAGUCUUUGAAAAGAUGUUAACACACCAGGAAGUUGAACUUAUCAGCUAUCCUUUCAGUUGACUGAGGAACACUUUGAACUCUCUGUGAGGACAUUACAAGAUUUUUGCACCUAAAAAGAGUCAAAGGAAAGCUUCCAGGUGACUAUAGGAUCAUGUUGGACGGUCUUCUUCAGUCCUCCACUUCAGUCUCCCUGCUGGGGGCCACUGUGGUCCUGCUGGUCCUCCACCUUCUUUACUCCACCUUCAGCUCCCAGGAAAAUCGGACUCAGCCUCCAGGACCUAAACAUCUUCCCCUGCUUGGUAACCUGCUUCAGGUGGAUCUGAAGAGACUCGACAGCGCUCUUUUUGAUCUGUCCAAAAAAUAUGGACCGGUGUUCACAGUCUACUUUGGACUUAAGAAGGUGGUGGUCCUGGCAGGAUACAGGACAGUCAAACAGGCUCUGGUCAACCAUGCUGAGGAGUUUGGAGACAGAGAGGUCACUCCCAUAUUUUACGAUUUCAACAAAGGACACGGCAUACUAUUUUCCAAUGGCGACUCGUGGAAAGAAAUGAGACGUUUUGCUCUGACUACACUGAGAGAUUUUGGGAUGGGCAAGAGGAUUAGUGAAGGAAAAAUCAUUGAGGAAUGUAAUUACCUGACUGAAGAAUUUGAACAACAUGAAGGUAAAGCCUUCAACAACACCCGGGCAAUUAAUUAUGCAUCUUCAAAUAUUAUAUCAGCUCUCAUGUUUGGGAAGAGGUUUGAAUACAAAGACCCUGACCUCCAGACUAUGGUGGAAAGAGAUCAUGAGACCAUCCAUCUGACGGGAUCAGUUUCCAUCCUGAUCUACAACAUAUUCCCUUGGCUGGGCCCUUGUCUUAAAAACUGGAGGGAUUUGAUGAGGAAUGUGGAAGACGGUAUUGCGGACGCAAAAAGGAUUAUAGCAGAUCUGAAGGAGACUCUGAACCCUGAGAUGUGCAGAUGCUUUGUUGAUGCUUUCCUGACCCGUAAGCAAAGUCUGGAGGAGUCUGGAAUUAAGGAUUCACACUACCAUGAUGACAACCUGAUGUACAGUGUGAUGAAUUUGUUUGCAGCUGGGACGGACACCACAGGAAAUUCUCUUCAGUGGUGUCUACUUUUCAUGGCCAAGUACCCUCAUAUUCAAGACCAGGUUCAAGAGGAGCUGAGCAGGGUGGUUGGAAGCCGUCAGGUCCGAGUAGAAGACAGGAAGAAUUUGCCGUACACAGACGCUGUCAUCCAUGAGUCACAGAGACUGGCCAACAUUGUUCCCAUGGCCAUUCCUCACAAAACCAGCCAGGACAUCACCUUCCAGGGCUACUUCAUCAAAGAGGGAACUACCGUGUUUCCUCUUCUUACUUCUGUCCUGUAUGAUGAGAGCGAGUGGGAGAGUCCACACACUUUCAACCCUUCCCACUUCCUGGAUGGGGAGGGUAACUUUAUCAGGAGAGAUGCCUUCAUGCCCUUUUCUGCAGGUCGCAGGGCGUGCCCCGGAGAGAGUCUGGCCAGAAUGGAGCUCUUUCUCUUCUUCACCUCCCUCCUCCAGCGCUUUCGCUUCACUCCUCCACCCGGAGUUACAGAGGAUGAACUGGAUCUUACACCAGUUGUGGGCUUCACCCUGACCCCUUCACCUCAUGAGCUGUGUGCUGUCAGUCGCCAGUGAAGAAGAAUUGCCUAUGGAAAGGAAAGCAACAGUGUUGACAUCACUUUUGCCAAAUUGUUCAUAUAUAUACAUAUAUAUGUAUUGUUUCUAUAUAUAUAUUCACUUCUAAUCUCUGCUGUGGACUGAUUAUUACUUGUAUGAUUCAGCUGCAGCAUCUGAAUCUCUACAGUUCUUAAUUUACUAUAGUACUACGUCAGUGGUAGUAGUUUUGAAAUGUUUUCUUAUAAAGAUGAA